UUUAACCAGAGUUCAACUGUGCUGUAUUUUGCUAUACAUACUUUGUUUUCACGUAGUUGUAAUAUUAGUUACUUAUUAUGGAGGCCAUUUCGUCAAACCCAAGUGUUGAUUUGGGGAGUGAGGAGGGGAGCGCUGCCUUUAAAAAGGGGUUUUAUGAGAAGAGAGAAGAAGUGGGUAAUAUUCAUCACCCGUUUCAGAGAACGCCCGUUCAAAGUUGUGUGUCUGUGAAGAGUGACAGAUCCAUGGCUGAACCUCCUAAAUUCAGUGAUAAAGCAGAACACUUUCAACCCAGUAUUUACAGUCGUCCAGAGAAAGUGGAAGACUGUGCUGUUCACCAGCAGUUCCAGAGACCAGCAUCUCCACUAACAAGUUAUGUGUCUUUGAAGAGUGACAGAUCCAUGGCUGAACCUCCUAAAUUCAGUGAUAAAACCGUGUAUGAGUUCAUACAUACCUGUCUUUCAGAAAAAGCUGAGUACAGUGCUGUUUACCACCAGUCCCAGAGACCAGCAUCGACACAAUCAAGCUAUGCAUCUUUGAAGAGUGACAGAUCCAUGGCUGAACCUCCUAAAUUCAGCGAUAAAGCAGAACACUUUAAACACAGUGGGAGAAAGAAACAGGUGGUUCAAGAUCAGUCUGCGUGCCUGUCUGGAGAUUCUGACUGCUUUCAGUGCCGAAAAAUAUCUGAAAUUUGUCCCCUUAUACACCCACACACAAGAGGGUCCAGUCCUGCUGAAGAGCAGCAGAGCUCUUGCCAACCAGUAGAUGCCAUCCUACAGAGUAUCAAAGAAAGCCACAAAACCAGCAUGAAGAAGUAUGAGAGUUUAUGUGAAGGAAUCAAUGCACAAGAGAACAAAAACCACCUUAACAAGAUUUACACACAGCUUUAUAUAAUAGAGGGAGAGAGGGAAGGGGUAAAUGAAGAACAUGAGGUUGUUCAAAUAGAGAAAACCAAGACUGAAUGCUUACAAGGUACUCCAAUCAACUGCAACAACAUUUUCCAGCCUAUAUCCGAUCCAAGUUAUGAGAGAAAAGACAACCAAGAAAAAGUAAAGACUGUUCUUACCAAAGGAAUUGCUGGAAUUGGAAAAACAGUCUCUGUGCAUAAAUUCAUUCUGGAUUGGGCUGAGGGCAAAGCUAAUCAGGAUGUUGAUUUUCUCUUUGUUCUUCCAUUUCGGGAACUCAACUUGGUUAAAGAUGAAAAGUACAGCCUUCACAGACUUCUGCUUGACUUCCAUCCAGAACUUCUGGAGUUCGAUACAAGGGUAUAUGAUUUGUGUAAAGUCUUGUUCAUCUUUGACGGUCUGGAUGAAAGUAGAAUUACACUGACAUUUUCACACUGUGACAAAAUUUCUGAUGUGUCUACAACAUCAUCAGUGAGCAUGUUGAUGUCAAAUCUCAUCAAAGGAGAGUUGUUGUCCUCUGCUCUCAUCUGGAUCACAUCCAGACCGGCAGCAGCCGGUCAGAUCCCCUCACAUUACAUCAGCCGGGUAACAGAAGUACAGGGAUUCACUGACCCUCAGAAGGAGGAAUAUUUUAGGAAGAAGAUCAGCGAUCAGCAUCAAGCCACCAGAAUCAUCUCUCACAUAAGAACAGCAAGAAGCCUCCACAUAAUGUGUCAUAUACCGGUUUUCUGCUGGAUCACAGACACUGUGCUUCAGAACAUCCUAAAACAUGAUAGCAGUGCAGAAAUCCCCAAAACCCUAACUGAAAUGUACAUACAUUUUCUGAUUAUUCAGGCCGUUAUGAAGAGGCAGAAGUAUGGUGAGAGAGAUGAGAGAUAUGAUCCAAAGUUGCUUCUGCUUUCAGAAAGAUAUGUGAUUUUGAAACUCGCUGAACUGGCUUUCAAAGCUCUGAUGAAUGGCGAUGUCUUGUUCUAUGAUGAUGACCUGAAAAAAUGUGGAGUAGAUGUCAACAAGGCCUCUGAGUAUUCUGGGAUUUGCACCGAGAUCUUCAAGGAGGAAUCAGUGAUCUAUUCGAGGAAGGUCUACUGCUUUGUUCAUCUGAGCUUUCAAGAGUUUUUUGCAGCGCUUUUUGUGUUUUUCAACUAUUUAAACAAGAACAGUGAUAUCCUGAGAAUGUUCCAGAUAAAGAAAGGAAGAAAAAAGAUCAAAUCGCAGUUUAAUGAGGUUUCACUAGAUGCAUUUCUGAAGGUUGUGGUUGAUGAAGCACUGAAGAGUGACAAUGGACAUCUUGAUCUUUUCCUUCGAUUUCUUCAUGGCAUCUCACUGGAGUCAAAUCAGAAACUUCUCCAAGGUCUGCUCACACACGUGGAGGACAACCCUGAAAGCAUGAAGAAAGUGAUAAAAAACCUCAGACAAAGUCAAAAGCAGAAUGUCAGGCCAGAAAGGUGGAUUAAUCUCUCACACUGCUUGAUUGAAAUGAAGGAUACUUCUAUUCUUGAAGACAUUCAGGCUUACCUGAAAGCUGAAGGAAAGUUUAAAAAAUAUCUAUCUCCUGCCCACUGUUCAGCUUUAGCUAAUAUGUUUCUGAUGGCAGAGGAUGUACUAGAAGAGCUAAACCUCAAGAAAUAUAACACAACAUCCACGGAGGCUCAAAGGAGACUGGUACCAGCUGUGAGGAACUGUCGAAAAGCAAUAUUGGAAGGCUGUAAUCUCACUGAACAAUCAUGUGAAAUUGUGGCAUCGGCUCUACAGCAUGCAAACUCCCCUGUUAGAGAGCUGGACAUGAGUAACAAUGACCUGCAGGACUCAGGUGUUAAGCUCAUUUCUGUUGGACUUAAGAGUUCACACUGUAAACUGGAGAUACUGAGAUUAAAAGGCUGUAAACUCACCAUGCAGUCCUGUGAAACUUUGGCUUCAGCUCUGCUAUCAGAAAAUUCAUGCCUGAGAGAGCUGGACCUCAGUAACAGUGACCUGCAGGAUUCAGGAGUGAAGCGGCUCGCUGUUGGCCUGAAAAGCCCACACUGUAAACUGGAGAUAUUGAGCCUGGCUGGCUGUAAACUCACCGACCAGUCAAGUGAAACACUGGGCUCAGUUCUACUUUCAGUGAACUCCUGCCUGAGAGAGUUGGACCUGAGUAAUAAUGACCUGAAGGAUUCACGUCUGGAAUGGCUCUCUGCUGGACUGAAUAGCUGUAAACUGGAAAAACUAAGAUUGGCCAGCUGUAACCUGACUGGUCAGUCCUGUGAAAUGAUGGCUUCAACUCUACAAUCAGUUAACUGCCUUCUGAAGGAGCUGGACCUGAGUGACAAUGACCUGCGGGAUACUGGAGUGGAGAUUUUCUCAACUGGACUGAAGAGUCCUCACUGUAUACUAGAGAUACUGAGAAUGUCCACUUGUAAUCUCACUGAUCAGUCCGGUGCGACUGUGGCUUCAGUUUUACAACUAGCAAAAUGCCCUUUGAGAGAGCUGAACUUGAGGGCAAGGAACCAAAACUCCAUCGAACGUUUUAGAAAGACAAAAGCAACUUCACAAAUUCUUUUAUUUUGUAGCCUGGCUGGCUGUAAACUCACCGACCAGUCAAGUGAAACACUGGGCUCAGUUCUACUUUCAGUGAACUCCUGCCUGAGAGAGUUGGACCUGAGUAAUAAUGACCUGAAGGAUUCACGUCUGGAAUGGCUCUCUGCUGGACUGAAUAGCUGUAAACUGGAAAAACUAAGAUUGGCCAGCUGUAACCUGACUGGUCAGUCCUGUGAAAUGAUGGCUUCAACUCUACAAUCAGUUAACUGCCUUCUGAAGGAGCUGGACCUGAGUGACAAUGACCUGCGGGAUACUGGAGUGGAGAUUUUCUCAACUGGACUGAAGAGUCCUCACUGUAUACUAGAGAUACUGAGGUUUGUAUUUCAGUUUCAUUGAUAUGUUGUUACUUAAACUGUCUUUAAAUAUGUUUUGUAAUGUACUGUAUAUGCACAGAAGUGUGUUUGUUCUGUUCUUUCAUGCUCAAAAUAGUUACUCCAAACAUAUGGAGUAGCAAUCUACAUUAUGUUUAGAAAAUUGCUGCAAUAUUGGUGUCCACACAUCAGUCAUUUCUGCUGCUAUGCAUGUUCAGUGGGUGUCUAAUUAUUGUUUUAUCGUUCUGAACAGAAUGUCCACUUGUAAUCUCACUGAUCAGUCCUGUGCGACUGUGGCUUCAGUUUUAC